AUGGUCCAAAUAACAAGGAAAGCGAAAGAUCCGAACAGGCUGACAAAGGUAGAGAUAUGUGCUAUACUGAACAGCCUGCACAUUUGCAAUGUCACGGCUGAAAGCAGCAAGAAAGAGCUAGUGGGCAUAUUCAAAAAAAACAAGAAACAAAUAGAGAGCAAGCAAAGCGAGGUGGUAAAGCUUCUUAAAGAGAUGGAGACCCAGAAAAAGAAGGACGCGGCCAGUUCCGACAAAAAACGAAAGACUCCAGCAAAAAGCCAGAAAAAGCAAAGGACUGAGCCCGAGCCCGGCGCGGAGCCAACUCUUGAAGCUGCACAGGAGUCUGUGAAAAAGCCUGUGCGGGGGGCGGCCAAGAGGGCGCAGGAAGGCCCGCACCCAAAGGAAAAAACAGAAGCCGCGAAUGUUUUGCACAUAGAGGAGAAGACAGAGACGGUGGCUAUUUCGCACAGCGGCGCCUUCAAAAAGGCGCAGGGCCAAGUGCCGAAAGCUGUAGACCUACAAGCAAAAACUACUAAAAAAGAUGCGAUGCCACGACAAAUAAAUAAAAACGAAAACACGGCAACAAAAGAGAUAAACAGCAGAAGAAAAUACACACAACUAAUGGAACUGAUAAAAACCCCAAGCAGAAUGUUGAUACUAGGCGUGGCAGGGGCCAUGCUUUCUAUGAUGGCGGUGUAUGCGUUUUACGUGAACAGAGCGGGUGCUCUUGAAAUUGCUCAGAGCAUAAAGGACUAUGUGACCAAAAAAGGAGAGCCCAAGCCGGAAAAAGGCUCUUUUCACGAAAAGAUCGAGCUAGCAAAGCAGGCGGCAGAGAAAGAGCUGCAGGCAAAAAAAGAAGAAGCUGCCAAGCAGGCCCACAUGGAGGCGAUUCAAAGGAAAAGAGCUGAGCAAGAAGCCAAAGCAAAAGCUGAGAAGGAGGCCAGGGAGAGGGCUGAACAGGAAGCUAAAGCAAAGGCGGAGCAAGAAGCUAAAGCUAAGGCAGAGCAAGAAGCCAAAGUAAAAGCUGAACAGGAGGCCAGGGAGAGGGCCGAAAAGGAAGCUAAAGCAAAGGCGGAGCAAGAAGCCAAAGAAAAAGCUGAGAAAGAAGCUAAAGCAAAGGCUGAACAAGAAGCUAAAGCAAAGGCAGAACAGGAGGCUAAAGCAAAGGCUGAGAAAGAAGCUAAAGCAAAGGCAGAGCAAAAAGCCAAAGAAAAAGCUGAACAGGAGGCUAGGGUGAAGGCAGAGCAAGAAGCCAAAGCAAAAGCUGAGAAGGAGGCCAGGGAGAGGGCUGAACAGGAAGCUAGAGUGAAGGCGGAGAAGGAAGCUAAAGCAAAGGCUGAGCAAGAAGCUAAAGCAAAAGCAGAACAGGAAGCCAGGGAGAGGGCAGAGAAAGAAGCUAAAGCAAAGGCUCAGCAGGAGGCUAGAGUGAAGGCUGAGGGAGAGGCCAGGGAGAGGGCCGAGCAGGAAGCCAAAGCGAAAGCCGAGCAGGAAGCAAAGGCUGAAAAAGCAUUGCCCAGCGAGUCAGAUACGCGUAAGAGCUCGAAGUCCAUUCUGUCUAUAGCCCAUAGUGUGGUGGGGUGGGCCUUUAGACUGUUAUUCAAGCUGGUGAUGUUAGGGCUAGCAGCUCUUGUCGCGCUUGGUGUGGUUAUAUUUAUGCUUCAUCUCAUACAUCUCAAGAAGAAGAAAAUAGCCAAAUACAGAGACUUCUUAAUAUGCAGAAUCCACAAAAAGAGCAAAAACGCGCUUCCGCUCGACACCAUUAAAGAAGUCCGGAAAGAGUUUCCUGUCUUAAGUAGCUUAGAGUGGAUGGUUUUAUGCAACAGAAUUUUAUUGAACCAAAACAUCCGAAUCACACGGGUAUUGCGCGGGGUGAAGGAAGAGGAUGCUUGGAUGUGGGUGGAUGCGAACUAA